AUGAUUGAAAGCAGCGACGAUGAACCCUUUGAGGAUGACGACUCGUCGUCUUCCGACGGCGAGCCAGAACAAUUCUUCGAUGAGCCCAGCGAACCAAGCAAGGCAUCCACCCCACCCGGACCUUCUUGGAAUCAGCCCUCAUCAUCUGUGCCAACACCCUCCGAUCCUGCCAAGAAGGAGACCACUCCUACUACUACUACCACCAAAAUCCCUGUGCCCGCCAUACUGGUAGUAGCACCCAAGCAUCCCGCCCAACGAAAGAAUUCCUUCCAUUCCCAACCCAACAAUACAACUGGUGGACGAACCAUGAUCAAGAGGGCAUCCUUUCUCUCACAUCCAGCACCUGCACCAGCCAAAGAGCCCAUCCGAGUGCCUUCCCCUGGCAAAGUGAGCGACCUCAUCAAAAAGGCAAAUGCCAGAGGGAGCCCGUUGAUCAAGUCAGCAGGUGCGAGUCCCCUUUUCUGGCAGAGUCCUACCAAGAAGGAGCAACGGAAAUCGGAGCAUCGCACGCCACCGAUUGCCAUUCUACCAAUGGCCAAACCCAUUGACGUAACGAGUAGCUUCCUGCCAGAAGAAGAACCAAACAAAGAAUCACCACCAGAAGAUACAAACAAGGGAUCUGUCUCCAAGCAACAACCAUCCAAGCUAGUAGAGGAACCAAGCAAACCUGAGGAUGCUGCAAAGGGGUCCAGUGUCCCUGUAGAAUCAGCAGAGGAACUUGGCGAGAAGCCGUCAGAAGACAAAGCUCCUCCGAACAAUAAUAAUAUCAACAAUCAGCCAUCCACGCCUAAAGUGUCGUUCCAAGAUGACAACAACAACAAGCCACCGUUGGGAGGCGUCCCUCAACAGAUCAAUGGCCCCCAGCAUCCUCCGUCACACAAUAUACCUCCUCAGGUCGAGACAGCAAAGAAGCAGAAACCACCACCACCGCAAGUUCCUCCUCACAUUGUCAUUCAACGAAGAAUUAAAAAGAAAAAGGAAGAAAAAUCCACCAUUACAACCGACAGCAGCCGUGAACCGGGUGGUCAUCGUUUUGAAGAAGACUACGCCAAACCUAUUCCCAACUAUGUGCCGGCACUGCCAUCUCGACGUCGGCAACGACAUCGCGAACAAUAUCUGGAAACCUAUGCCAAAGCCGAGGGAUUGACACAGCCAGAGCUGUACGAUGCACUCGACAUGACACCACCACCGCCCAAUAAUAGUACUACUACUACCCAGGACAACAAUAACGAUAACAGUCAAGAAACUUCCAUGACGAGUUCGGAACCAGCCGGGGCUCGGUUACCCGAAACGUACGUCAAAAAGAAGGUCGCGGCGAAACCUCCGACAGUAAUGGAGCCAGUGGUGCCCAAGUUGCCACAAACAGUGAACCAUGAACGUCUCACACCCGCACGGGAAUGCGAAGGUGCGGCACCUCAAAAUCAAAUGUAUCCCAGUCGACGAAUAUCGGUAGAUGCAUCGGGAUACAAACCGGGCAUCGGCAACGCCAACAAGAGCAACAACAACAAAGAAAAAGGGACCAAGGAAAAGCCACAACAAGAAGAGGAGAAGCAAUCCAGUUCGAUACAAUUAUUGGAACAAGAAUUGGAUGAGCUAUUGGAAGUUUGGAAACUAGAAACGACGGAAGCUAAUGAUGUGAUUGAACCUGAUGAGAGUGCUGCAAACAACAAGCCGACAAAUGUUGUCAAUGAGAACGACCAGGGCAGGGCAGAAACCUCGCAGCAGGCAGUCCACGAAGAGCCCAAAGAAGCGAUGCAGCUGAUUCUGCAGCAAGAAGCACCACAAGAGAAUCACGUACCGGUAGUCAGUCCACAAGAUGCCAACGAGAAGAGUCGGCCAAUGGCGGGAAAGAAUAGGGACAACAGUCAACUCAUCGCUCAUCUGGAAGAGGAGCUGUUGCGUAAAAUAGCCUUACACGACAAGCUUACAAAGCUCUCCGCAACAUCAUCACCAGUGAAGGCAAAAAUUGGACCAACACCCCAGGAAAGAGAGCAGUUGCUUCAGCAGCUGGAGCAAGAUCAUUUGCGGGAACAGAUGGAGUACGAGACGCUGAUGAAACAAGUAGAUCAAAUUCUGGGAAGGGCCAACACAUCCGCUGAUUACGACGACGACGGUGAAUAUGACGUCUACGAUGACCCACCGCCCGAAAACACAAAACCAAAGAGACGUGUGAGGAUCGUAGACCCCAAGAUGGAAGUCGACAAUCAUGAUUCGGUGCAGGCUGCAAUGGCGAGUGGUCAUGAUGACGAAGACGGAGAACACGGAAACGCACCAACGUUAGAGGAUCCUCCAACGACGAGCGAUUGGGCCGCUGAGGUUCACAACGACCGCCAAAGCUUACCAGAAGAGGCAAUACGUGUGGACGUUCAUCAGAAAGAACAACCCCCCGAAUCCAUAGAGGCGUACAAUCGAAUUCUCCGGAAGUGGCUGAGAGCACGUGAUGCCGAUUCCCAGGCUGAUGAAAGUUACGAUCGAGUGCAUGUGAUGCGUAAGUGGCAAAACAGGCGGGAUAACAUCCCAUACGACGAACAAGUUUGCCCAGAACCGGUGGCCACACAGGUUCCUCAAAGCCAUUACGAAGAAGUUUACCACUCUUUCCAUGAAGCCCCUCCGGAGAGGGAUGGAUCACUAAUGAACCGCCCCUCUUUCCAUGACACCCCCACGGUGAGGAAUGAAUCACCAAUGAUCUCUAUUCAAACCUGGCCCCAGGAUGAAGAACCGAUGGACAGAUUCUUAUCGUCCACAGGUCUUACUGGGCGACUUGAUGAAGUACAUUCAGCAACACAGCCUGAGCGUUCGAGCGAUCCUUCUCGUCAUCUCUACGAAGUGCCACCUAGAGCUCAGCCGGAGCCUCCCAGCCAGUUAGAGGGUAGACGAACCAUUGAUGCAAUUUUGAUGUCACCGCAUCAAGUCUUCCGGCGGCCGCCAAAGCGAGCAAAUCACAGGGAUUUCGGGUAUGGGGGCCCUUCGAGUGCUAUUGCGAGAGCCGAGCAUGGCAGCGCAGAAAGGCAUGGUAGAGGGCGGAAAGCGGAUUGGGAAGGAUCCGUCAACAAUAAAUUUCCUGGUGCCGACCGAUGGCGUCAAGUCCUCUCAGCCUCGAGUAGCCUUAGUUGA